AUGAUUCGUACUGGCCCAGGCUCUCUAACCUUUAUCAACCAGUUUUUAAAUGUCUCCUUCUCUAGGAAGGACUCAUCAUUUUGGGUGCAAAUGCUGCGAAUACAUCUUGGUGCUAAAAGGUAUGCUCAUAGAGAAAAGGGUCUGAGAGCUACUGUGUCCAAGGAGUCAAAUGAAUCAUAUGGUGUGUCCACUAUCCAGAACCUCCACUCUUUCCACCCCUUUGCUGAUGCAAGUAAGGGUGAUGACCUCCUUCCUGCUGGCACUGAGGAUUAUAUCCAUAUAAAAAUUCAACAGAGAAACGGCAGGAAGACCCUUACUUUUCAAGGGAUCACUGAUGAUUACGAUGAAAAGAAAUUAGUGAAGGUGUUUAAGAAGAAAUUUACCUGCAAUGGUACUGCAAUUGAGCGUCCAGAAUAUGGAGAAGUAAUUCAGCCACAGGGUGACAAGCACAAGAACAAAUGCCAGUUCCUUGUAGAGAUUGGACUGGCUAAGGACAACCAGCUGAAGGUUCAUGGGUUUUAAGUGCUUGUGGCUCACUGAAGCUUAAGUGAGGAUUUCCUUGCAAUGAGUAGGACUUCCCCUCUGUCCCUUGUCGCAAGUUUAAAAACCUCACAGCUUGUGUAAUGUAACCAUUUGGGGUCUGC